UACUUCCCCGGCAGAGACGCUGUGGCUACAGUCUCUCCGUGAAGAGCAUACUUCCCCGGCAGAGACGCUGUGGCUACAGUCUCUCAGUGAAGAGCAUACUUUCCCGGCAGAGACGCUGUGGCUACAGUCUCUCCGUGAAGAGCAUACUUCCCCGGCAGAGACGCUGUGGCUGCAGUCUCUCCGUGAAGAGCAUACUUUCCCGGCAGAGACGCUGUGGCUACAGUCUCUCCGUGAAGAGCAUACUUUCCCGGCAGAGACGCUGUGGCUACAGUCUCUCCGUGAAGAGCAUACUCCCCGGCAGAGACGCUGUGGCUGCAGUCUCUCCGUGAAGAGCAUACUCCCCGGCAGAGACGCUGUGGCUGCAGUCUCUCCGUGAAGAGCAUACUCCCCGGCAGAGACGCUGUGGCUGCAGUCUCUCCGUGAAGAGCACCGCCAUGCAGCCGCUACUGGUGGUGUCUGCCAUCUUGCUCUCCCUGCAGAGCGCGCUAGCGGAAGCCGACUCCGCCUGCGGAUACGCAUCCUGCCACCCGGUGCAGGAGGGCGCGCUCAACGUCCACGUGAUCCCCCACUCGCACGACGACGUGGGCUGGCUCAAGACCCCGGAGGAGUACUACCUCGGGCAGCGCAACUUCAUUCACAAUGCGAAUGUUUCCGCCAUACUGAAUUCCGUUUUCGAAGCACUACAAGAAAACCCAGACAGAAGGUUCGUGCAGGUGGAGACGGCCUACCUGUGGAUGUGGUGGCGGCAGCAGGACGCGCGGAGGCGGGCCGCCUACCGCCGCCUGGUGGAGGCGGGGCGCCUGCACGUGGCCGGGGGCGGCUGGACCAUGAGCGACGAGGCCACCACCAGCUACCUCGCCAUCAUCGACAACUUCAGCUGGGGGCUCAGGCGCCUGAACGACAGCCUGGGCCCGUGCGGAGUGCCGCGGGUCGGCUGGCAGAUAGACUCCUUCGGCCACUCCCGCCAGACCGCCGCCAUGUUGGCGCUCAUGGGCUUCGACGGCCUCGUGCUCAACCGCAUCGACUACCGCGACAAGCUGGCCCGCGAGACGGCGCGCGGCAUGGAGUUCCUGUGGGGCGCCGGCGACCAGGGCCGGGCGGAGGGUCAACAGGGGGCGGAGGGGCAACAGGGGGCGGAGGAGCUGUUCUCCACGGUGCUGUGGGACCACUACCACCCGCCGCCCCGCUGCUGCUGGGACCCUCUGUGCUCAGACCCGGACAUCGGCGACUGGAACGCCGAGGCCGUGGUGGAGUCCUUCCUGGACUACGUGAAGGAGCAGGCGCGCUACUUCGCCACCAACCACGUGAUGGUCACCAUGGGCAACGACUUCACGUACAUGGACGCCCGCCGCUACUACCGCAACAUCGACAAGCUCGUCCUGCUGGUGAACGCCCGCCAGGAGGGAGUGCGCGCCGUCUACUCGACCCCAGACUGCUACGUGAAGGCGGUCCACGACGCCUCGCCCCAACUGCCCGCGCACUCCGGUGACUUCUUCCCGUACGCCAGCGCCGAGGACCAGUACUGGACCGGCUUCUACUCGUCCCGCCCCUCGCUCAAGUACCUCGAGCGCCUGGCCGGCGGCUUCCUGCAGGUGUGCAAGCAGCUGGCAGCGCUGGGAGACGCGGGAGGAGGGGGGGAGCUGGACGCGCUGCGCGAGGCCAUGGGCGUGAUGCAGCACCACGAUGCCAUCACGGGCACCGCGCGGCGCCGCGUGGCCGCCGACUACAAGGCGCGCCUCAUGGCCGCCGCACGAGCCGCCUCUGGCGUCGCCCGCCGCAACCUCAACCGGCUGCUGGGAGCGGGGAGUGAGGCGCCCCUGGACUCGUGCCUGCUGCUCAACGAGUCCCGCUGCGAGCUGUCCGAGGCGUGGAGCCGCGGCGAGGCGGGGCAGGACCUGGUGGUGGCGGUCUACAACCCGCUCAGCCGCGCCGUUGCGCACCACGUGAGGCUGCCCGUCGCCGGCCCGGUCGCCUGCCGCGUCGUCGGCCCUGACGGUCGCGAGCUGCCAGCACAGCUGGUGCCCCUGCCACGCGCCCUGCUGGCCGCGGGUCGCCGGCGCAGCGGGGCCAGCCACGAGCUGGUGUUCCGCGCGCGGCUGCCGCCCCUGGGGCUGCGCGCCUACCGCCUGCAGCAGCUGUCCCCGGGCAUCGCCCCCGCCGCCUCCCGGGACACGCACAUCGGCCACGCCGGACUGCGGCUGGAGCUGAAUGCCUCCUCGGGGCUGGCGAGCCGCCUCGUGAGCGGCGACAGCAGUGCGGCGCUGCGGCAGGAGCUGAUGUACUACCGCGACCUGGGCGGGGCCUACGUGUUCCGGCCCGAGCGCCAGGCGGCGCCCAUAGGCCUCGGCGCCACCUACACCGUAUACAAGGGCGAGAUCGUGGACGAGGUGCACCAGGUGUUCAGCGAGUGGGCGAGCCAGGUGAUCCGCAUCUACAAGGACGAGGACUACGUGGAGUUCGAGUGGCUGGUCGGGCCGCUACCCAUGGGCACGGAUGUGAUCUCGCGGUUCAGCACGGACCUGCGCAGCGGUGGGCAGUUCCGCACCGACUCGAACGGCCGGGAGAUGAUGAUCCGGCGGCGUGGCCGCGGGCGGGGGUCGAAGCCCGUGGCGGGCAACUACUACCCGGUCACCAGCCGCAUCGAGGUGCGCGACGAGGCGACCCGCCAGGGGCUCGCUGUGCUCGUGGACCGCGCGCAGGGCGGCAGCAGCCUGCGGGACGGCCAGCUCGAGCUGAUGCUGCACCGGCGCCUGCUGCGCGACGACGGCAUGGGGCUGGGCGAGCGCCUGGACGACCGCCGGCCGGCGAGAGGACGCCACCUCGUGCUGGCAGGGGCGUCGGGCUCCAGGCAGCGCCUGCUGUCCCAGGAGCUGCUGCUGAGGUCUUGGCUGUUCCUCGCGCCCGCUGGCGCCUGGCCGCCGGCGCACAAGCACCAGUUCUCGGGCCUGAGGACGGGUAGCUGAGGCCCUGUGGGUGUUUGUCUUGAUCAUGUGCGGAACGGAGGUGCUCUGUUUGGUUGUCCAGUUCUUGGGCCUGAGGACGGAUAGCUGAGGCCCUGUGGGUGUUUGUCUUGAUCAUGUGCGGAACGGAGGUGCUCUGUUUGGUUGUCCAGUUCUCGGGCCUGAGGACGGGUAGCUGAGGCCCUGUGGGUGUUUGUCUUGGUCAUGUGCGGAACGGAGGUGCUCUGUUUGGUUGUCCAGUUCUUGGGCCUGAGGACGGAUAGCUGAGUCCCUGUGGGUGUUUGUCUUGAUCACGUGCGGAACGGAGGUGCUCUGGUUGGUUGUCCACUUCUCGGGCCUGAGGACGGGUAGCUGAGUCCCUGUGGGUGUUUGUCUUGAUCAUGUGCGGAACGGAGGUGCUCUGUUUGGUUGUCCAGUUCUCGGGCCUGAGGACGGGUAGCUGAGUCCCUGUGGGUGUUUGUCUUGAUCAUGUGCGGAACGGAGGUGCUCUGUUUGGUUGUCCAGUUCUCGGGCCUGAGGACGGGUAGCUGAGUCCCUGUGGGUGUUUGUCUUGAUCAUGUGCGGAACGGAGGUGCUCUGUUUGGUUUUCCAGUUCUCAGGCCUGAGGACGGAUAGCUGAGUCCCUGUGGGUGUUUGUCUUGAUCAUGUGCGGAACGGAGGUGCUCUGUUUGGUUGUCCAGUUCUCGGGCCUGAGGACGGGUAGCUGAGUCCCUGUGGGUGUUUGUCUUGAUGUGCAGAACGGGGAAAGUGCUCUGGUUGGUUGUCCAGUUCUCGGGCCUGAGGACGAAUAGCUGAGGCCCUGUGGGUGUUUGUCUUGAUCAUGUGCGGAACGGAGGUGCUCUGGUUGGUUGUUCAGUUCUCGGGCCUGAGGAAGGAUAGCUGAGUCCCUGUGGAUGUUUGUCUUGAUCACGUGCGGAACGUAGGUGCUCUGGUUG